AAACUCCGAACAGCAUGACAUGGUGAAGGAGCCAGCGCCGUGAAGUUAGUUCACCGAGAAUUUCUCUUUUGUUUAGUCUCGUUUUUUUUAUUUUUUUUUGUUAUUAUUUUAUGCCGAGUGCGGUGAAAGAAAAUCACGAGCAUGUGUUAGUGAAGAGCAGACAGGGAUUUUUAACAUCAGUUUAUCGGUGUGUUAUUUCUCACUGCCAACAGUCCAGUUGGUCAUCGGAUGUUGCCGUUAAUUGUGUCGGGUUUUAAGAGACGCAAAAAAAGCGGGUAUCUCAUCUUAUUAUUGUCAUCAUAUGGGUUACUGUACAUUAAUUAUUAUAAUUAUAAACAAUUACUGCUGGUUUAAGACUGUGCGUACACCCGACUUGAACAAUAAAAAAACAAAGAGUUAAAAUACAGUAUAUAUAUAUAUAUCUACAGCAAGAACCCUGAAGACUUGACUGUUGAAUAUUUAAAGAUACCGCAGCUAACCCAACAGCCAACAGCCGACAUUGACUAAAUAAAUGUUCUGUGUGUUAGUAGCAGCCAACAGCAAUAAUCCAAGUUUAGUUGUACCGAGGACUGAAGAAUAAUGAUAAUGUCGUCGCUAGUACGACUCGGAAUUUUUUUCCAACAUCUUGCCAGCCAAAUUACAAUUAAUUACAAUCAAUAAUUAUUAUAUUUUCAUUGUAUUUAAUGACACUGCUGAUAGCUGUGAUUAUCUAUCAAUCAUCAACGUAAAUAUAAAUAUAUUUAUUUAAUAGUAUUGUUAAUUUUUUGUUUAUUUGGUUGGUUGAUUUUUAAAUUACUCAAGGAUCUGAGAUAGCUAAGUAGGACAAAUAAAUAAAUAAAUAAAUAAAAUAAAUAUAUAAAACUAUUUAAAGAUUAGUUAAAGUUUUAAUCAACUUAAAUUAAAACCUUAACAAUUGGUGUUGGUAUGAAUCAUAUGGCUUUAGAAGCAGGAACAUGGCCACGGUUUUUGAGAGUCCAUUUCUUUCAAACAGACUCAGGCAAAUCGAAGAACGUUACGAGGAGCCAGCAACAUUUGGCAGAUGUGAUUGCACAAGUUAUAGUUAUUUAGCUCUCAGCGUUGUAUUAUUUACAAUUGGUACUGCUGUUACUAUUUUAUCACUGGGCGAUGCCGUUGAUGGUCAGAUAUUUUCAAAACUUGGUCACAUGUGGCUUGUAGGACCUAUUUUUAUUUGCUCCGGUCUGAUGGUUGCUGUUAAAUGUAUUCUUUAUUUAAGAAGAAAGUCCGUCAUACAAAUGAUUAUUCAUCAGCGCCAACUAUUUCGACGUUUGCAGGAAUUGGCAAGUGCACAAGGAGUCGGUGGAUCGGGAGCUGGGACACCUGGCCCGCCGCCUUAUGAUUCAAUAACCCAAGGACAAGGACCAAGUGAACUGCCACCACCAACUUACGCCGAAGCUGUUGCACUCUUGCAUCAAAGUGAAAUUCACGGUGCUAAAUUCUCGAGUGAUACACAAACAGACAGUGGUCUUUUAUCAGUGGGAACAACUCGAGCCAAACCUUAAAUGCUUCCAAGUAUUUUUAUAUUUGUUCUCAUAAUAAUUACAAAUAAUAUUAUUUUAUUAUCUACACGUACAUGACGUAUAGUACGACGACUGAAAAUUAUAAUUAUAAACAUAAAAAUAAAUAUUUCUUUACAUCACCAUUAAUAUGAGCGUAAACCAAUAUCCGGAUAUAUUUAAUUAAUAUCAGGUCAUUAAUCGGUACGUUAUAAUAUUAUCUUCUUUUUCUUAUUAUUUGUCAAUGCCAGUUUUUUUAUUACAUUUUUUUUUCUCGAAUAAAAUAAAUGGCCACAAGCAUUUUCAUUAAUAAGCUUAGUCGCAUUCAAACUUCACGGUAGUGCAGUCUGUGACAUAGUACUUACAGCUAUUAAUUGUCAUUGUAAUUCAGCUGAAAAAUUUAGUUACUUAUUUUGAAGUUAAAUUUUAAAUUUCCAUAAAUACUAUUUAUUUAUUUUUUUUUUUUUUAAGUCAUUGUAAAUUACAAUUAGGUACAGAAGGUUUGUAUUUAACAUUCCUCGUACAGAUGUGGUUACUAAUAGAGCUGUGAUGGAGUCUGUCGGCGUUAAGUUUCAUUAUUUUUAAAAUUUUUGAGACUUAAUAAUGUAAUCAAGUCUUUUAACAAACAAUAACACGUGCAAAAAUUUUCUACAGCAGACGAUGGUUUUU